CUGGGACGUAUGCGUCAACUAGAUAAGCUGGGAAGCAUCAUACGAAUAUGGUCCUUUCUUUACAAUAGAACUUUCCGGACGCUUCUAACGGGAGGAAAGAAUGAGAGCUGGCCACCUUGUCAUGCGAUCACGUUGGGGAACUGCGGCAAAGGCGAGACACACAGUACAAGAGAAAAAGUUAGAUGAGCCAGUUUGUGCGAUACCUUUUCACGUCCUUUUUCAGCGGCGAAUGCGAAAGCACGUAUUUAUUGCUAUUUUUGUGCGCCAAAUUACGCUACUCAAUGUGACUGCAGUGGAAGCUGCUCGUGUACCUACCACGAUGCAUCUGACUACACAACGAGUGCCCUAAAGAAAUGGCGUUCUUGUGUGCUGAGCGUGCCGAAUUAUGAUGAGCUUAUUGCCGUGACGAGGAGGGCCUGACAGUUUGGUUCUCAGCGCUAUGUAUCUCGAACGUUACUGCGUUUCGGUGAACUCGGUGCAGAAAGAACUACAAGAGCGCAAAACUCCUUUGUUUCUUUAUACGCUGGAGAUCAUACGCGGGAGCUGACACUGGGUCGCAAUAAUCUACACCAUCAAGUCUUUUAGGAGUCAAUGCCACUUAAGGUCGCUUGCAAUACUCAUGUCACCUGAUACGCAUGAAAAAGAAAACGCUCCAUAAAUACAACAAGCACACUGCAGUUUCUGAUAAAACGCAAUAAGAUAUGGUGGAUAAGAGGGCGAUGCCUCGUGUCUUGCUUAAACUAUAUUAUUAUUUUUUUUUUAUUUACAAGUACUGCUGUAUCCAUACGAGAAAUAGCAAGGGGCUGGGUCAGUACAAAACUUAGAAGAUACAAGGACACGCUUGCACAAUAUAACAGGUUAAACGGUCGCAUAAAAGAGGCAAAACAGGUUUACAGAAUGUACAUCAGAGGUAAGAAUGCUAACAAAUACUAACACGAUAUAUAUUUUAUAACUUCUGCAGAAAAUUGUUCCGUGGGUAGUCGUCUAACGGAUCCAUGAAGCUUGUUCCACAGUUCAAUUGUUGGCAGAAGGAAAGCAAAUUUAAAGCAGUUCAGUUGCGCACUAAGCGGGACAAAUGUUCAUCGAAUCAGUGCGCCUGGUUCUACGCACAGAGCUGGUGACAUAAGAUGUAGGCAUGCAGACGUGAACAGAACUGACAAUUUUGUGAAGCAUGAUAAGACGAUCACACGUGCGUAUACGAGCCAGCGACUGUAAGGAUAAUAGCUGAGCAUGCGAGGAGGGGGAGAAGUGGCGAUCGAACCUGCCGUAUAUAAAUCGUAUCGCUUUUUUUGUACAGCUUCAAAUUAUAGAGGCGUAUUCAAGGAUGGGUUGAACUAGCGUUUUGUAGGCCGUGAGUUUGCACUCUUUAGUGGAAUUGUUCAGCGUGCGUUUGACUUAACCAAGCCUCCGAAGCGCUUUUGAACAAAUGAGGUCAACGUGCUUGUGCCAAUUUAAGUUAGCCGUGAAAGUGACGCCAAGAUACUUGUAGGUAGUUCGUGAACAAAAAUGACUGAGUAAGACCGGACAUCGAACAGCACAGCGUUAAAUAGUGUGUGACACGGUAGUUGAACGUACUACAUUGUUGAAUGCUGUGAUAGUUAAACAAAAUGCGUCAUAAAAAAUGAAGGCUGCACAACUUCUGAUUGCGUUUGGCAUCGAGUAAUCGAAUUUUACGAACAAUGCAUGUGCAAAUUAUCCGCCUAUGUGCUAACGCGCUCUAUUUACGCCUUGCUUUAAUAGAUCAUCGUAAUAGAUCUUUAAUAGAUCAUCGUAACAUUAUUUUCACGUUGCGAUUUUUGGAAUGACACAUUUAUGCCUUAUUUAUAUACUGCACUUACCUUUUGCCUUAGUAGAGUAUUAAUCUGCCUUAUCAACUAUUUCGGAUAUGUCUCUCGAAUUUGUAUUCUUGUAUUCUUUAUAGUUCAUUUUACCUGCUUAUUUUCAGCUACAGAGACUUCUUGUGCCAUUAGAGUGCGUAUAUUAAAAUGAUCAAUUUAUUUAUCGUAUGUUAACAUCUGGUGUGCUUCAUAUUCUAAAUCUGUUACCUUAGUGAGCACCAACAUUGAUUGUACUUGCAACAUGUUUCUUUUCAUUUUCCCGGCUGUAUAAUUGUAGAAUGAACGUCGCACACUGUAAUGGUCUUUAGGGACCCAGUCAAGUUGCCUAGAGUGGCUUUUAUCCAUGAAGAUCAUCCAGAUUUUCUGGAUAAAUAAAGAUUGAUUGAUUGAUUAAAGAACAAGUGCCGUUAAGACUGACAUGUUACGUGUGGCUUAUGCCGGCACCAGUGGGUGUACAUACCAUAAGUCAUUGCAGCUCCAACUAAACUGUGUUAUUAGUGUGAGAGCAGAGGGCAUGGACGCAGUGAAGUCAAUAGAAAUUUUGGCAGCAACAGAUUUUUCCUACUCUAGUGCACGUAUAAUUUACGGAAAUUAAACUUACGAUUAAAUAUAACAGCGCGUAGGAGAAACAAGGCCACCGGAGAAAAAUCCAGCAAUCAGUGGUUCUUUAUCAGCAGAAAAAUCACAGUUUACUUGAAAACAACUGCGCAUAAUUAUGGGGCAUAAUGUGACGUCGUUGUCUGUAUAGGGGUAUAUCCAGUAGGAUAUAUCAAAGCUCUCAAAAUGUUUUUACGUCGUCAAUCUAGCAGUUACUCUACUUCUUGAAACUUGUUUAUAGCAGCCUGAAAAUUAGCGUUGAUCAUGCCUAGUAAGGAGCAACGGUACCGCGCCCACUACCGGCAGCAUGAGUGUUUUCUGUUGUUUAUGAUUUCUUUCUCUCCGAUAAGUUACCUUUGAAGUCCUGUAGCCGUGACGCAAAAUACAAGUGUGAUCAUCCAAAAAAGAAACAAAAAAAUAUAAGUGUGAUCAUCCAGAACCUGGCUAAGAAUAUACUGAAAAAAAAAUACUGUUAAAGGUAUCAUGGGAGGACUGACUGUUGGGCUAGUUGGUCUAGCAUAAUAAUUAUGGUAAAUUAGCGCAAAUUAAUAAGGGACACAAAGAACAAAGUAUACAAGGCCGGAAGCGCCCGUUCUUGUCCACUUUGUUCGUUGUGCCCGUUAAUAAUUUGCGCUAAUUUACCAUAAUUAUUAAAGAAUCAUAGGUUGUCGCUGCUCAGGCAUCCAGUUGCAACUUGCAUUACCGUGCAUCGCGAAUCCCUCUCUGUUCUUUGCUUCUUUUUUCUCCUUCACUUUUACUUUGUUUUUUUGUUUUAUAAUACGCCUUGUGCAAUGUGGCGAACUGGGAGUGUUGGUACAUAUUUUAAAGGCGGUAGCGCAAGAAAGACACGGAUUGAGACGAGACGACAAGGACGAGCGGUGAACUUCCAACAACAUGACUAAACUUCCAAAGAAUGCCUUCUACAGCGAUCACACGGUGUGCUUCGACAAGGUCGGCUGCUUCGAUCGCCUAGGCGGAAAAUAUUCUCAUUUUGUCUCUAGUCCGAAAUCGCCGGAAGUCAUUGGGACGAAAUUCCUGCUCCACUCUCGACUUAACAAGGAUAUUCCGGUGCUGUUAGACUACACUGACAACGCCACGCUCGACGUCGCUCACUUCAACGAAACCAAGAAACUGGUCUUUGUGAUCCACGGCUUCGGCGCCUCAGCGAAAAAGAAUUGGGUGAUCAACCUGAAGGAAGCCUUCUUGAAUCUGGAUGAUGUGAACCUGGUACUGGUCGACUGGAGGAACGGCAGUAAGUCGCCAGACUACGUCUCCGCGGCAGCAAACUCUGCUUUGGUAGGCCGCCAGAUGUCCUUGCUGAUCCAAGAACUCAUACGUUCUCAUCCGGACACCAUGAACGCCACACAAGUAUAUCUGGUCGGCUUCAGUCUUGGCGCACAGGUUGCCGGAUUCUGCGGACGCCAUUUCUUCAACGCGACGGGAACCAAAAUUGGGCGCAUCACCGCGUUAGACGCAGCCGGACCACUUUUCGAGUCCUAUGAUUUCCAAGUGUGCAAGGAGGACGCAUCAUACGUAGACGCCAUCCACACGACAGCCGGGAGCAACGUUCUUGCAGGACUGCUGGGCAUAGAGAGCCCCUUCGGCCAUGUUAACUUCUACCCAAACGGUGGAAAGUCGCAGCCCGGUUGCUGGUUUUUCGAUCUGUUCUGCCAUCACCGCCGCUCAGUACAGUACUUCAUGGAGUCCAUGCAUGAGAACCGACAUUGCCUAUUCAAGUCGAACCCUUGUGACAGCAUUGACAGCUUUCUGGAUUCGAAGUGCAAUUCUACGGGACCUCAUGGCGAAAUGGGUUACUUCAGCGACAAUGCCGAAGGCCGUGGAGCCCAGUUCCUGUGGACCAACGGAAACAACCCCUUCUGUAAGGCGUGAAUCAACAUUGCAUGUUCUAAAGCAGCACGGUCUCAUGCAGGGCGAAGCUAUAUAUAGCCACUAAAGUGAUACCACUAACCAUCCCAGUGGCAUAGUGCGGCAGAGAUUGCAGAUGCAUGCACGCACCGCAGAAGCUGCGCAUUGCAUUUCUUCACCUUGUAAUCAUCUGUGAAAUAAACAUCGUCAACAACUGCA